UACUGUGUAUUCGCAGCGGGGUAUAUUAAUAAUAUUAUUAUAUUUAAUAAUAUAGUUAAGGACCAUUUUAAACAUUUAGAAAUUAUCUUUAAACUCUUUAAAAAUAUUAACCUUAAUAUUACCCCCAAAAAGUUAUUUAUUACUUAUCCGUUUAUUCGGUUAUUAAAUUACUGUAUGGAUAGUUUAAGUAUAGCUACUAUAACCGAUUGUAUUGUAGCUAUUCGAAAUAUUUAA